AUGGAUCUCGCUUAUGAUCACAUAGCGGAAGAGUCCUUCACGCCAGCUGACCGUGCCACUACACCAACGCCUACCGCGCCAUCAGGAAUCACUGCAGGGGACGACGUAGCAACCCCCAAAUCUGGCUCAGCUGCACCUCGACAGAACCUCCAAACGGAGUUUCAAGAAACAUUCAAAGCCUUCUCCAGCUCUCCCUGGGGUGCGAAGCUGGGGGGCCUCUGGGGAAAUGUCAGAAAACAAGGCGAGACUUACUAUGAGGAAGCGAGGAAGGAGGCAGCCGAAGUAGCGAGCGAGGUGGAGGCUUUGAGGACGAAAGGUCUCAUGGGCCUCGGGUUCGGCACAGACAAGGCCACAGGAGAGGAUGGGCCAUCUGAGUCACGGAGCACGGACUUGGACAACGGCAAAUCGGGAGAGGAACAAGAACGGGAUCUGCAGGAGACUGAAACAUUCCUUGCUCGUUUCAAGACCGAGGCAGCGAAGAGAUUGAAAGAUGUACAGAAGGCGGAAGACGCAGCGGACGAAGCACUCUUACGAUUUGGAACGAACAUCAGGAACUUCUUGCGGGAUGCAGUAGCAGUUAGCGCGCCUGAUGAAGAUGAGCUCCGCCAUCGUCAGCCUGGUGAAGUGCUUUUCGAGAGCAAGGACCCCACUUCGGGGAAAAGGGUCAUCCACACCAGCAGAUUCGACGCCCAAUUACACGUUAUCCACACCACCUUGACAAGCUUUACUCAGGACCCUUCCGGCGCUGGUGGUCAAUGGGACGAUUUCAAGAGAGACUUCGAUAUCGAGAAGAUGACGGCUCGGAUUGCCGAAGACUUGAACAAGUAUCGCGAGUUGAGAACUACAAUGGAAAUGGUUGUGCCGGAAACCGUGGAAUACAAGGACUUCUGGACACGGUAUUACUUUCUGCGGCACGUUGUUGAGGUGCAGGAAGAGAAGAGAAAAGAGCUCCUCCGAGCGUCAGCCGAUGACACGGAAGAAGUUGGAUGGGACGAGGAAUCUGAGGAUGAGCAAGGAUCCGCUUCUACGCCUCAAGUCCAGCAGACACAAGACCCACCACCGCCAAAAGUCCUCGUGGCCCAAAACACAAACGACUCCUCGACCACAGUACAUCAGACAGUGGCGGGCACAGACGAGAGCUCUCUGAAGCCCGAGACCCCAGGCCGAAGAUCGCAUGAUGAGAAAUCGGUGGCAGACAGUGAUGCUAGCUACGAUCUCGUUAGUGGGGCCACGAGCCGCGCCCCGGGUAGCCCGAAAGACGAUGCAGUCAAAUCACCGACGAAGAUAGAUGAAAGUGAUGAGGAGGACUGGGAGUGA